AUGGGUAUAAAUGCCAGCAAGAUGUGCCGAGGUGUAUUCCAGUCCUUUUUUAAGAAGAGAUCUCUCAUACAGCUAACGAUGAAGUUCCCUAAGCCCCCCAACGGCCUUCGGGGGCCAGUAGGCUGCGUUGGCACAGGGCUUCUCUAUAAAUCCAGCAUGUCUGAUGCCUCACGGAAGACCAAGGACGUCUUAUCGGUAAUUUGGCAAAUCUUCCUGUCUCAGCUCAUUCAUGCAUUUUACUCCAAAGAGCAUCCGUGUAGCCUCCAUGUACCAGAGCUUACAGGAAUGAUCCAGCCUGGGGAUGUGAUGAUUGGAGUCUUGUUGCCGUUACAUCUUGACAGGGUCCAUCGAGAUGACUUCUUGACAGAUAGACCACCGCGCACCACAUGUACAAUGUUCCAUUUCGAAAGCUAUCAGCAGCUUCAAGCUAUGAGAUACGCUGUAGAGGAGAUCAACGCAAAUCCAAAUAUUCUCCCCAACGUUACUCUUGGGUUCCAAGCAUACGAUUCUUGUGAUAAUAUGAAACUCGAUUUAGGAGGGGCUCUACAAGUGCUGACGGGAUAUGACAGAGUAAUCCCCAAUUACAGAUGUCUUAGACACGUUCCUCUCAGCUCCAUAAUUGGACCAGCUAUCUCCACCCAUUCAAUCCUCCUCGCUCACAUUUUAGGGGUCUAUAAUUAUCCGCAGAUCAGCCAUUUCUCAACCAGUUCCCUGCUGAGUGACCGGACUCAGUUUCCCUCUUUCUUCAGGACCGUCCCCAGCGAUACCUUCCAGUCUAAGGGACUUGCUUAUCUAGUGUUGCAUUUAGGUUGGACCUGGAUUGGACUAUUAGCUGCAGACACUGAUUAUGGCCAGCAGGGGAUUCAGCUAGUCAGACAAGAGUUAAUCAAGGCUGGAGCGUGCGUGGCCUUCAGUGAGAACAUACUUACAAACCAUCCAGAUCGUAAUGCUCAUCAUAUAGUCAAGGUGAUGAAGGCAUCAUCAGCAACGGUGGUGGUAGUCUACGCAACGGAUGUUGAUUUGUUUCCUGUUCUGGAUGAGAUGUUGAGACAGAAUGUGACACAGAAGACAUUAGUUGCCAGUGAAGCUUGGUCCACAUCCACCCUAGACCCCCAGGGAAGAUUUUCGACUCUGCUUUCUGGAACCAUAGGUCUAGCCCUUCACAGCGGGACAAUUCCAGGACUAAGGGAGUUCCUCAACAAGAUCCAUCCUUCUAUGUCACUGGGAAGAAAUUGGCUGCUGUACUAUAUGAAUAAGGUCAGAGUCACACUGAGCAGCGGUCCAGAAAUCUACUUUGACAAAAAUGGAGACCCUCCUGCUGUCUACGACAUUGUGAACUGGCAGUUGAGCUCGAAUGGGGCCAUAAGAUAUGUCAAGGUGGGCCGGUAUGACACGUCCUCCGCCCAAAUCUUCAGCAUAAACACAAGUGCUGUGCUGUGGAAGUCUGGAAAUCAACAGGUCCCCACCUCAGUCUGUAGUCAGAGUUGCCCCCCAGGUUUCUGGAAGGUAGUUAGAAGAGGAGAACCUGUCUGCUGCUUCCAGUGUCUUCCCUGUCCUCAAGGGGAGAUCUCCAACCGCACAGACUCCAUCGAUUGUAUUAAAUGUCCAUGGGACACAUGGCCAAAUCCACAGAAAUCCGUAUGUCUUCCAAAACCCAUAGAGUAUCUGUCCUAUGAAGACCCACUGGGGAGAACACUGGCUUCUACAAGCAUCAUUUCCUCUUUGGUUCCAUAUUUUACUUUAAAGCUCUUCAUACGGUUUAGAAUGACACCAAUUGUGAAAGCCAACAACUACUCCCUCAGUUGUCUUCUUCUGGUGUCUCUGUCCUUCUGCUUCCUCUGCUCCUUGGCUUUUAUUGGUUACCCUCAACCAGAAAAAUGUCUGCUGCGUCAAGUUGCAUUUGGGAUGGUCUUUACUCUUUGCAUUUCUUGCAUUUUGGCAAAAACAAUUAUGGUAGUGUUUGCUUUUAUGGCCACCAAACCUGGUAGUGCUCUCAAAAAGUGGACAAGUUCUUUGGUGUCCUACUUGAUCAUUUCUACCUGUUCUUUUCUACAGUUUAUUUUGUGUGUCACUUGGUUGUCCACUGCCCCUCCCUUUCCAGAACAGGACCUUGAAUCCCAACCUAGGGUUAUAAUUCUUGGGUGUAAUGAGGGUUCACUGACGGCUUUCUGGUGCAUGUUGGGAUAUCUUGGUCUCCUGGCCUUCAUCAGUUUCAUUGUUGCUUUUCUGGCCAGGAGACUUCCUGAUAACUUUAAUGAGGCCAAGUUUAUCACAUUUAGCAUGUUGGCCUUUCUCAGUGUCUGGGUGUCUUUUAUCCCAGCCUCCCUCAGUGCUGAAGGCAGAUAUACAGUGGCUAUGGAAGUAUUUGCCAUCCUGGCUUCCAGCUGGGCCCUUCUUGUCUGUAUGUUUGCUCCAAAAUGUUUUAUUAUAUUAUUCAGACCUCGAAUGAACUCUAGAGAAAACAUCAUUAAGAAAUUCCAGAGUCCCGUUGGAUAA